AUGGAGAAAGAUUUGGCAGGUAUUGCAGCUAAAGCAAAGUUCUUGAAAGUCUACGCUCUUGGACAACUCGAAUUUCAUGUGAUAGACCCAAAUGGUGAUGGUGAGGUGAAUUUUAUGACCAAAUUAUGCUCAUAUGGCAUGUUUCAGAUUAUAGGGAUACCUUGUGUUCAUGCAGUGGCUGCAGCCAUCGAUCGCGGUGUCAACAUUUACAUAUUGUGUUCCCCAUUCUACACUAUCGAGAUGUGGAGGGAGUCAUAUAAACAAAAAAUUUACUCAACUAGCAACGAGGACGAGUGGAUAGUUCCCGUGGACAUAAAGAAUAUGCAAGUUGGGGUACCCGUUGAGAAACAACCAGUUGGUCGGCCGAAGAAGAAAAAGUUAGGAAGAUCGAAGAAAAAACAUUAUCCAUCGAAUGGAAAAGUUUUGCGCAAAGAGUAUAAGUGUAGUAUAUGUGGUGGUCUUGACCACAACAGGGCUUCAUGA